UUUUUGCCUCUUCUUUUCCUUUACUUCAGCUGAAAAUGCUGUUCAUUUCUGGAAUUAUUAUACGUAGCUUUUUUGUUUCUUUGGUGAGAGCAAUUUUACAGAGUUGGAAGAAAAGUAUAACAGGAAAAGGAAAGGAUUUCAUGUGAUGGAUAGUUAAAAAGUUGGUUGGGAAGCAAAACACAUGACUAUAUACUCCUUUUGAAAGAGUGAUUUGUGCGGAAAAGAUGGAAGCUUUGAAUCAGAGAUCUCUUGAAAGAGUUGUUUCACAAAGGGCUAUGCAAAUGGGAAGCUCAUUUCCAUGUCGAAUUUGUGUGGUUGGAUUUCUCUGUGGUGUUUGCCUCACCUCUUUAUUUCUUGCUGCUCUUACUUCAUUUGGUGCUUUUCAGUUUGGUGGUAGCCUUUCUUUUUCAGCUUUUUCAUCUGGUAUUCCAACAUCCAAUUCUACUUCCACAAGCCUAAUAAGUGGAGACUGCGAUGUUAAACAAAAGAACUCGGAAAGGUUGUUUUUUCCCCAGGAAAAAAUUGCAUUGGGGGUAGAUGAGAGAGUGUCAUUACUGUACUCAUCUUGGAGUAAUUUACUGACUAAAUCAGCAAAUGAAGACAAUCGUCUGGGUAAAUCCAAGUUACCAAAAGCACCUCACUUUGAGGACUGCAAGCUGAGUGCAGAAAAUAAUAAACGACUUGAUACCCGAGUUCGAAAUGACAGUUUCCCUCCAUGGACUAUAUGGAAGGGACAAUUAGAUAACUUCCUUUUGACAGCAGAAGACGAGAAUCUGCGGUAUCAUAGGCAUCAAACAGUAUCUGAAGGAGCUUUUCCUCCCUGGAUCAAGGGGUCAGAUGAAGAGAACUACCCCUUAACAAGGAAGGUGCAACGUGAUAUAUGGCUCCAUCAGCAUCCUUUGAACUGCAGUGAUGGAAAUGUGAAAUUUCUGAUAGCUGACUGGGAGAGAAUACCUGGGUUUGGUAUUGGUGCCCAGAUAGCCGGAAUGUGUGGUCUUCUUGCAAUAGCAAUCAAUGAGAAAAGGGUCCUUGUUACGAGCUAUUAUAAUCGUGCUGAUCAUGAUGGUUGUAAAGGUUCGUCACGCUCCAGUUGGUCUUGCUACUUCUUUCCAGAAACAUCCCAGGAAUGCAGAUAUCGUGCUUUUGAGCUUAUGAAACAAAAAGAAGCAUGGGAAAAAGGGAUCAUAACGAUAAAAGAAAACUAUACUUCUAAGGAAAUAUGGUCUGGACACACUCCAAGGUCAUGGGGCAAACCUUGGAGUUAUUUGCAGCCAACAACAGAUAUAAAUGGAACUCUAAUUGCUUAUCAUCGCAAAAUGGAUAGGAGGUGGUGGCGAGCUCAGGCAGUGCGCUACCUAAUGCGGUUUCAGACUGAGUACACAUGCGACUUGCUAAACCAUGCACGACAUGCAGCAUUUGGCUUGGAAGCCGCAAAAAUGGUUCUUGAAAGUCCACUUAGAGAUUUUUCAGAGGGAGUAGAAAAGGUCGGACAUGACAUUGCAAAAUUUGUAUGGUCAAGUCAUAAACCUUGGACUCCUAGGCCAAUGCUGAGCAUGCAUGUCCGGAUGGGCGACAAGGCAUGUGAGAUGAAGGUUGUAGGGUUCAAAGAAUACAUGCAUCUUGCUGAGCGCAUAAGAGAGCACUUCCCUAAUCUUAAGAGCAUCUGGCUUUCAACAGAAAUGCAGGAAGUUGUGGAUCAAUCGAGACUGUACCCCCAUUGGAAGUUUUACUACACAAAUGUGACACGCCAAAUGGGUAACAUGACAAUGGCAAAUUAUGAAGCCAGUCUUGGCAGGGAGACGAGCACGAAUUAUCCUCUUGUUAAUUUUUUGUUGGCAACUGAAGCCGAUUUCUUCAUUGGAGCAUUGGGUUCCACGUGGUGUUUCCUCAUAGACGGUAUGAGGAAUACCGGAGGAAAAGUCAUGUCUGGAUACUUGAGUGUUAACAAGGAUCGAUUUUGGUAGCUACACAGCGAAGCUUCUAAGCAAUUAUUCUGAGGACAAAAUCUUCGGAUAAACCUGGAAACAUCACCUUUAACUCUAAGCCAAAAGAUUCGGUCCAAAAUGCUCGCUGCUUUCGUAGCUGAUGAUCGUGUUGAUAGUCAAGAUGGAGAGCUGAUGCAUAAGAAAAAUACUGGGAUGCUACCAGAUGAGUUCUGAUUAUGAGCAGACAGGGAGCAGCAUUUUACCUGUAAAUUAUUUAUUGUAAAAUAAAUUUUGCAUCACUUUUGUCUCUUGAUAAUCCUACUACUCAUUUCUUAAAGUUGUGGCUCAGUUAAUUAUUUUUCCCCAGAAUUGUGGUGAUAGAACCAGCUUGUAAAUAUCUGGAUAUUUCAUUUGAGUGUCUACAUAUUAGUAGUGCAGAACAGUAAUCAAGCAACUUUACC